CACAUCAAGCACGGAACCCAUGCUCAAACUUUAGUUCAGUGAGGGGCGCGCUCUCGCCACUGCCCGUGCACGUGCGUCCUAAUGUCACUGGUGUGCCGCCUGCCAGACAGCUGCAGAUAGCUCGCGGCAUGUGGAGCUGGGCUUGGGGGCGAGUCUGUUUGACCAGCAUCGAUUUCAGCGAAGCUAGUCUACAGUCGGGGACAAGCCUUCAGCACAGUGACAGCGUUUAGGUGACGGCUCCCCUGGACAGCGAGAGGGAGAGAAUGAGAAUAGUGGAUUUUGUUUCUACUUGUAGGUACAGCGCAGCAGAAGAAGGGAAGUCACCCCAAAAGAUUUUGACAUGAAGAAGGACAUAGACACAUUGAUAGCAGAGGAACGUGCUGAAAUCAUCUUGAAAUAUGACAAGGGCAGGCAGGAGGGUGUCAACAUUGACCCAUGGGAGGAUGCCAACUACAGCAUCUAUAAGGUCACUGACCGCUUCGGCUUCCUGCAUGAGGAAGAGCUGCCAACACCCAGUGCGCUUGAAGAGAAGCAAAAGCAGCAGGAGAUAGAGCGAGUGGAGAAAUGGCUGAAGAUGGUAAAGAACUGGGACAAGUACAGAAACAGUGAAAAGUUGGUGAAGCGUGUGUAUAAAGGCAUCCCUCUGCAGCUGAGAGGCCAGGCCUGGGCCUUGCUUUUGGACAUAGAGAAAGUCAAACAGAUUAACAAGGGAAAAUAUGAGAAAAUGAAGCAGCAGGCUCGUGGCUUCUCUACGGAGAUCAAACAGAUAGACUUAGACGUCAACAGAACCUUCAGGAACCACAUCAUGUUCAUGGACCGCUUUGGAGUCAAGCAGCAGGCACUGUUUCACGUACUGGCAGCUUACUCUGUCUACAACACGGAGGUGAGCUACUGCCAGGGGAUGAGUCAAAUCGCUGCCAUCCUGCUCAUGUACCUGAAUGAGGAAGAUGCCUUCUGGGCUCUGUCCCAGCUCCUCACCAACAGCAAACAUGCCAUGCACGGGUUCUUCAUCCCAGGAUUUCCCAAGCUGCACCGUUUCCAGGCCCACCAUGAGCUGAUCCUCUCCAAAAUGCUACCAAAGCUGAAGAAACACCUGGACAAGGAGCAGAUGACAACAGGGAUUUACACCACCAAAUGGUUUCUGCAGUGCUUCAUUGACAGAACCCCUUUCACCCUCACCCUGCGUUUAUGGGAUAUCUACAUAUUGGAGGGAGAAAAGACACUAAAUGCCAUGGCUUAUACAACCUUCAAGUUACACAAGAAGCGCCUGCAGAAGCUUCAGUUAGAGGACCUGAGGGAGUUUCUCCAGGAGAAGCUGGCUGUUUCUUUCUUCCUGCCUGAUGAUGUGGUGGUUGAACAGUUACAGGUUGCUAUGUCUGAGCUUCGCAGUAAAAAGCUGGACCAACCUCCUCCAGCCAAGUCAGAGGAGCUGCCAAAGAAAGCUCUGGGUCAAGAGAGACCAGUUCUCCUUCUGCCUCUGCAGCCUGACACUCCUGUGGAGGUCAAAACAAAUCUGCAGCCCCACAGCCAACCCAAUACAGAGGCCCAGCAAACAGACAGCUUCCCCCUACACCAGACCCCUUCUCCUGCAGAGCCCCAGGACUCGAGAUCACCUGACCCAGUUGUAGUCCACACACAAGGAACACCUUCUCCCUUAAGGCCUUGUAGAGUACCUCCGUUACCUCCAAAAGCGGACAAACCCUGUGCUCAGGUCGGGUUGGACAGAGAUGUGAAGGAGUCGCUUCCAAAGGUUAGUCAGACUGAAGAUGGGGGAAAACAGGAGAGCCGGCCUGGAGACCAGGAGACUGAGGAUUGGCCUCCACCCUAUGAGCCCCCUGUUUUGGAUGCUCUGCCCAUGCAGACUGAGGAGGACAUCAUGGACCUUCCAAAUCUGCCACCUCCACCUCUCUUUUACCCUGAGCAGAAUGACCAAAGUCCUCUGGACAGUGAAUCAUCCUGCCAUGGGACUGGGACUGACCCAGAGACCCAACGCCGCUCUCCUUCACCCUGCUCAGCCUCACCACUGGUCACUCAAACGAAGCCAUCUCCAAAACCAUGCCUAAAACCACCCACGUCUCUUGACCUCACACAGAAAAAACCUCCCCUCUCAAAGCCUUCUCCUCCCAGUGCCUUCAUCACAUCCUCCUCCUGCUCCUCCUCCUCUCCCAGACUUCCUCCCCCAAAGCCAACCAAGUUCCCAGUCUCUCUCUACGUCCCGGUGCCCGCGGGAGACAGACGGCCCUCCAACACCUCCCAAUAUGACAACCUUUCUGAGGCUGAUGAAGACGACCGCUACCUGGAGAGGCUGCUGGGCUCCACGCCUGAGGAAGUUCCCAGCAUGCACGGCGAACCUCCACAUACCAUUGACAGAGACUAUGACCCUACUCUGUACCCUGUGCCUCCACCUCCUGUGUUCAUCCCUGCUUCGCCUUCUCCUAUUCCUCCCUCGCUGGGUGCUCUCCCCAGUUUGCCUCAGGAGCCAGAAUAUGAAGGAGAGGACAGCUGGGUGGAGGACUCCAUCAUCCCCCCUCCUCCACCUAGUUUUGCUGACAGACUUACUCCCUUCCAGUGUAGUGCUGCCAGCUGUUCAGAAACACACAGAGCCACCUCACCAAGUUACUCUAAGCCUUUCUCUAGGGGCCCCAGGGACCAUUCUGCCUUCCCAGCACCGCUGUUGUACACCGGGUCUCCCCCAGGCCACUCCAGGCCCUCAGGACAGUCGGCAGUAGGGGUGCCCUUGGUCCGAUCCAGCCCAGACUUUUGCAGGAUGCCUCCAGGUGGACAGCAACUGCCCAAAUCAGUGACCUUUUGAAGUUUCCAAGUAUCAUUCAGGUGUUACUGAUUAUGCCAAUGUGAUGUGGACUCUCUGUUGAGGCUUGAUUAGUUUUCAAAGCCAUUUAAGAGGUGAAAGGCCAGUAGCUAUUCAGUGUGUCAAAGGUGUAUGUGUGUAUGGGAGUGAGAAAUGACUUUUUUCAUUGAUAUGUACAGAUUUCUGUGAUACUUUUGUCUUUUUGUAAGGGCAGUUAACUAAGUGUCAAACGUGUAUUUAAACUGCUGUCUGUGCUACUGUUUGCUGUGAGUGUAUUAACUUGCCUGCUCUCAUUAGUGUGUGAGAUCAGAUUUGGUUUUAGUUUUGAUUUGGUUCAUUCAGUGGAAAUUUACUAAAGAAAUAAGGUGAUCUAAUACUAGCUGCGUGUUUCACCAUUGCUUCAUCUCUGCUUAGUUUUAUUUUUGUUCCAACAAAGUGUCUUAACCUGUUUGCAGUGCACUAAGGGUAGCGACUCUAACACAAGGGCUUUUGAGGCUGCAGAGUUAGGUCAUCUUCGCUAAAGCAGCCAAAGCCUCUACGUUUAUAUUGCAUUUAUGGUAAACUGUGAGCAGGCUCACACAUCUUAACAGUAUGUCAAACUGUAAUGAGUAACUGUUAUAUAUAACACAGGUUUUUUUUUUGGGUUUUUUUACUGUGUCUUAGGUCAAUACUUGAUAAAGGACCACUAACCCAGGUUGCACCAAAGCAGUUUGCAAGCAAACUCUUAAAAGAAUCGUUGAAGUUGUAACCACCAGCAACAGGAAAGAUGUGGUGCAAUAUGUCAUUGGUGUAAAUACUGAAGCUAGUUUCAUUUGUUAAUUUUUUCCCCAGGCAGGUAGCAGUGCGUACUCUGUGGGUAUUUUGCUACUUUGUUUGCUGUUAAAUUGAUGUGUUAGGAUGCUGUCAAUUUCAAAGAAAUGGUUUCAGUGUUUGUCUGACACUUGAUUUCACAGCAAUAAUGUACUGUUUCAUGCACGUAUCAAGGCUAAAUAAGGUGGAAGUAUAAGACUUAACAGGAGGAUUUAAUGAAUGCAACAUAUUGUCAGCACAGACUAAGUUACAGUAAAAAUCCUUGCCACUAUUUAUGAAGAGUACCUCCAUCUAGUGGUCAGAACGAUUACAGAUUGACAGUAAUUGGAUUUAAGCUCUAAAGUCCAUGCAUUUGAGCACACAUGUCCAGUGACAAGAGGCUUUUGGGAAGAUUAGUUCUGACCAUGACAUAAAUGCUACCUACAAUGCCUAUUUAUGAAUGUGCACAGUCUUUUCUGCAUUUAGACAUGUCAAACGACCUAGUAAGCUAGACUUAAGAAUACAAGGACAGACCCGUAUUACACUGUUCUGUUCUCUCACGGACCAAGGAUAGAAGCGAAUGAAUAAGUUAAUUAAUUCAUAUGCACAACCAUGUGUUAGAGCCAGUGCAGUCACUCUGGUGUCAAUUUAUUUUAAUUGCUCAGAGCAAACGUUCUUGAGAAAUGGAAGUUGAGCCAUAUUACACUGUACAAGGACCUAAUAGUCAAACAUGUUUAUAUUGUUGUUUCAUUCAGUUAUAUAUUAUGUUGUAUGCUAUGCCUAAACAUCUGUUUAGUUUUUUGCACUGACCUUUGUCAUUACUAAGAGGUUUUGCAAUUAUCUGCAAGUAUUCAGUUGUUUUUCUAAUGGAGUUCAGGUUACUACUAAAAACUAUUUUCAUUUGAGGGAGUGAUGUUAACAGAUGCUUUACGGUUUGUUCAUGGACUUUGGUCUCGCUGCUGCAAUUCUUACCCAAGAACUUGGAUCUUGGCCUGCACACAAGUUUGUUUGGCUUGCUGGAGUAUCUUUAGUCAUGUGACCUGACCAACAAUUGAACAUCACUGCUCCUUUUAUGGAUCUGGUUGACAUCAGAGAUGCUGGGGCUCAGACCAAAGCUUAUGUACAUUUAUCCAACUGCUUAUUUGAGUUUUAUAAAGAGAUAAACCUUA